AUGGCCAGGAGGACUUCCAGUGAUGCUUUCCUAGUGAACACCACCCAGCCACACUCGGGAGAAAAGCCCCAUGCCUGCACUGAGUGUGGGAAGAGCUUCAAGAUGAAGGUGGACCUCACCAAGCACCUCUGGACUCACACGGGUGAGAGACUGUUCCCCUGCACCAACUGCUUCAAGAGGUUUAUCACCAAAUCACAGCUCAAGGAGCACCAGAGAAUCCACACGGGCGAGCGGCCGUACAAGUGCCUGGACUGUGGGAAGAACUUCACCCAGAAGUCGCACCUCAUCGUGCACCACCAGAUCUACACAGGUAAGAGGCCCUACCAGUGCAGCAGCUGCCAGAAGAGCUUCGUGGACAAGUCGCAGCUGGUGGCCCAUCACCGGAUCCACACAGGCAACCUUCCCUUCAAGUGUAGGGUGUGCAGCCGUGGCUUCCGCCAGAAGAUCACCCUUGUAAAGCACCAGCGGGUCCACACGGGGGAGAAGAUCUUUCACUGUGGCACCUGCGGGAAGGAGUUCAAGAAGAAGUCAGUGCUGGUGACCCACCAGAGGAUUCACACCGGGGAGGAGCCCCACCCCUGCCCCUUGUGCGGGUGGUGUUUCCAGCAGAAGAUCCACCUCAUCCGGCAUCAGCAGACCCAUGAGCGGUCCGAUGCCCACAUCUGCGAAGCCUGUGGGGACCACUUUGGCAGCAAGAGGGAGAUGCUGCAGCACCACCAGGGCCACCACCCCCAGCAGGCCCCCCACACCUGCACCACCUGUGGAAAGCACUUCAGUGAGAAGAUCGGCCUCACGGCCCACCGCCAUGUCCAUGCGUGGGAGAAGGAGACCCCCAGUGCCGCAGGGGGCGGGCAGCCCCCCACCGCCCUUGGUGGUACCCACGCCUACACGCAGUGUGGGAAGACGUUCACCAAGAAGGGCAACCUGGCCAACCACCAGCAGGCUCAUGCCAAGGGCUGGGGUCACUAUUGCGGGGCUUGUGGCAAGGGCUUCGCCAAGAGGGGGGAGCUGACCAAGCAUGAGCAGACCCACACCGGGGAGAAGCCCUAUGGGUGCAGACAGUGUGGCAAGUGCUUUGCCCAGCGCACCCAGCUGGUCACCCACCAGCGCGUCCACACCGGCGAGCGGCCCUACCCCUGCGGUGACUGUGGCAAGUGCCUCGGCAAAAAGGACAAGGGAGGCAGCGAAGACAUUAGUGCCACCACCAACGCCAAUGCUGACACUGAUGCCAAUAGCAAUGCCAAUGCCAAUGCCAACACCAAUGCCAGUGUCAAGACCAGCACCAACACCAAUGCCAAUGUCAAUGCCAAUGCCAAGAAGGCCCAGCUGGCAGUCCACCACCGUAUCCACACUGGGGAGCGCCCCUUCCUCUGCACCGACUGCCCCAAAGCCUUCAUAGACAAGUCCCAUCUCGUCGUCCACCGCUGCACCCACACUGGCGAGUGCCCCUUCCCCUGUGCUGCCUGCAGCCGAGCCUUCACCCAGAAGGUUGCCCUCACCACCCACCAGCAGGUCCACACACGGGAGCACCAGCCACCGCCAGCCCCAGUUCCCCUCGGACUCCAGGGUGAGGAGUGGCCCUUCACCUGUGCCGUCUGCGGGAGAGGUUUCCACAAGGAGAUCACCCUCAUCACGCACCGGCGGGUCCACACCAAGUAUGAGCUCAACUGCUGCAGCAAGUGUGGGCAGGUCUUCCCCAACAGGGCCCAGCUCUGGCUCCAUCAGCCCUCCCAUGCUGAGGACUGGCCAUUCAAGUGUGCCACGUGCAGGAAGGACUUCAAGAAGAAGGAGAUCUUGAUUACCCACCAGCGGGUCCACACGGGAGAGGCACCCUUCCAGUGCGCCCAGUGCAGCAAAAGCUUCUCACAGAAGGCCAACCUCAUGAAGCACCAGCUCGCUCACACCUGCCGGGGCCCGUUUAUCUGCUCCGGCUGUGGGCAAAGCUACACCACCAUUGGACAUUUCAAGAGGCACCAGAGGAACCACCUUAAGAAGCAAAGCCCUCCUGGUGAGGGAGAGGAGCCCCCUGAGGACCUGGCGACCGGCCAUGUGCCACUGGAGCCAGUGGGUGGCCACAGCAGCCUCAUCAUCAUGGUGAAGACAGAGGCUGAUUCUGAUGACUAUGAGGUCCUACAGGUCCCAUGA